ACACAUUCUCCGGUUAGGAGCACAUUCCUUCACAACAUUCAUUACUUCUGCUUUUUGUUCACGUAUACCUCGGAAAACUUUAACAUUGUUGACUAGCUGGAAAUAAUCAGACGGGCUACUUCAAAUAAGUUAAUUAUGUAAUUAAAGAGCCGUUUUUACCGUUUAUGCUAUAUACUAUAUAUUUGUUUCGCCACUGCUAAAUUGAUUUAAGUCUAUGCUUCUAUGAUUAUAUAUCGUAAUUCAGAAAUGUAACGUCAAGUUAUAUCGUAUAAUAUAUUUGUUGCGUUAUAGAAGCUAUAGAAGCUAUAUAGAAUGCUAAACAAGAUUUUAUACUCUUGGAACAGAUUUCUGAGUAAACCUACGGCCCCUGCAGGUCAGCUUGAUGUAAAGUUUUAAAAUAAAGGCUGUCAACCCUUUUCAUCGUCAAGAUGUCUUAUUUUCGUUACUGUUACAAGUACCUUUUCAAAUUUCAAAGCAAGUUUUUUAGUUUCAAGACACCACCGAUAGCUAUUUGAUCCCAUAAAAUGUUAUUGACUCUUGCUUUAUUAUAUCGUAAAGAUGUCGCAUUUUUGUUACUUGAUAGAACCUUUUAAAAUUUAAAAGCUGGCAUCGUAGCUUCAAGAAGCCACCAAUCGUUAUUUUAAUCCCAAAUUCCUUUAAUACAAGGUUUUCAGCUCAGGCUUUAUCGCUAUUAUUUGAACUGGUCUACAUAUUUUAAUCGUCUAUUCGUUAUUUGGCUCAAAUUUUUUCAAACAUUAAGCUAUUAAAGUAAAUCUUUUCCACUAAGAUAAUUAAAACAUUGAUAGCGCCUAAUCACCUGGGUACAGCACUAUGGUAGGAGGAAACAGCACAGCUGCACCGAGCAGUUCAACCACUUUCCUAUUCAGCACUUCAGAGAGAGCCUCCACCCACGACUACAGUCUAGAUGUGUACGAGAGAACCUUCCUUAUCAUCUUCGAGCUGAUUUGCACUGUCCUCACCAUCCUCCUCAAUGGAUAUCUCAUCUUCACCAUCGUCUUCAAGUUGAAAAUCAGCAAGAACUGUGUAUUUAUUCCUAUGCUUACUGCCGCUGCAUUGGGUCUGUUUCACGGAUUUGGCUGCAAUCUUAUGAUGACAAUAUCUCUGAUACACGGUGACUGGGUCGGUUCUAUCAACUGGUGUGGAGCUGCAGCCAACAUUCACAAGUACAUCAUCUACAGCAUCAUCUACAUCCAAGUUUUCGUCUCCCUCGAGGCAGCAUACCUAAUCAGCCACCCUCACGGCUACUCAAGAUUCAGCCGCAAAGCAAAGAUUUCUGCAACCCUCGCUACAGUCAUUGCUGUUUUCCUCAACUUCCCUAUCACAAUUUGCCAGUUCUUUUUUCUCAAGCCUAGCAAUAUUGUUGAAUUUAGUGAUAAUUAUAAGUAUACCUAUGAUGAAUUAAAGAAAAUUAAUCGUUAUUUUUACUUCGAUGCAGACCUGAUCAUCUGUUACCGUUUUUUCUUCCCGAAGACCCUAGAUUACCAUGUGAUAGUGUACUUCAUCCACACUUGCAACCUACUAGCAGUGGCACUGACCAUACUCUCAUACGGGGUCAUCAUCCGGACUGUACUGAAACUGAGGGGCAAUCAAAAGACACCCUCCUCCAAAUCACUGGACCACCAGCAUCAGCGACGAUCGGAGAGGCAAGUAAAGCAGAACAAGAGGAUAGCCCUGAUGUCCCUGCUCACAACCACGUGUGUGUUGACCCCCUGGUUACUGAGUAUGGUGGUUAGCUUGCUUCUUGACAUUAUAGAUUACCAAGACUGGGUAGAGACUUUGGGGAUUGAUGGAGCCACAACUCUGCUGCGGGCUAACCAGUAUCUGUACUACAUUGUGACGUGGAUAUUUCCUAUCAUGACCAUCAUGGCUAAUUCAGCUCUGUCAAGGGCUGCUAAGGAAAUGUUGACCAAUUUAACGACCUUUGACUUUGAACUACCCUCCAUGGCAAAUAUGAGUGUCGCUAGGUUUAAUGUCAAGCAGCAAGGCCAUGAGUCCCCGAAUAGUGUUCAUUUGUAAUCGAAAUUGCUGUCUAAAUUUCUUAUUGUUCCUGGGGUGUGCGAUUCGUUGCCAUGGUUGAAUUGUGCUUUAAUCAAGUACGGUCAACAAUCUUAAACAUUGUGGACCUCGGCGAUAUUUUUUAACGUAUUAGUAUUAUUCUGUUCAUUAAUAAAUCCAAAAUAAUCUAUUAUUUUCGUCUUUUUUACUAGCUGUUUGUCUGUUUGAAUAUUAUUUAUCAGAUUGAGAUUCAGUUUUCAUUGUUGCUCCUAUCAUUAUUUUAACACUAAAUUUUAAUCUUGCGCAAUUGUCAGUGAUUUAUAAAUAAACCUUUUCUUUUGAU